CCAUGUCUCUAAAAAAUAAAUAAAUAAAUAAAUAAACAAAGCAAAUUAAGACAACCAGGUAAUUAUUUGUUUCCUGAAUUGACCAAGACCUAAACGAAACACAUUAAUUUGUUGCUUGAGGAAGAACACAGGAAGCCACCUUCUGGGGGCAGCCUGGCUGCAGGCAAGAGCAGCCCUGGAGCUUGCACCUUUCAAGCUGGCCGUUGACCUCACCAAGCCCAGCCUGGCUACCUCUCCUCUUGCCUGUCAGCCCUAAGGGUGAUUUCAGCCAAGGGAAUCCAUGGGUCCUGCUGCUCCAAGAAAGUCUAGCUCAUGUUGUGACUCUGCAGAGCCUGGUUUUUGCCCCCUGCCUUUCACAGACCUUCCGUAGCCCAUCCUGCCUGCCCUGCUCUCUGCUCCAUGCACAGGGGUGACCUGUCAGCUCCUCAAAGGUCCUUACUACACCAGGGCUCACCAUGCACUGCUUCCUUAACCUGGAGCCUCUUACCUUCCACUCCUGCCCCGGUGGCUCACACUUUCAGUGUUUCUUCUUUGAGGGCCUCUUCCUGAACUACCAUGCCAGGUGGAGUGUCCUGUGAUGCAUUCCCAUGAGAUCCUGCCUCCUUCCUUCAUGAGCUUGUCACUAUUGUCAUCAGUUCACUGUCAGCCUUUGGUGUCAUUGAUGCUGUGUUCCCAAGGCUGCUGAUUGGUUCCCCACCACAGUCCUGGCACCUGCCUGGCGGAGGAAUGUGUUUAGGCUGCACUUUAGUAGCUUUGUGGGUGUUACUAACUUUUGCAUACCCUUUGGGGUUUGGAGCAGGGACUCCUCAGAAGUGUGUUUAGACAGUGUGGCUAUGCCGGAACUGAGUGCUGCUGAAAGUGGCUCUGGCAUAUGGGGCCAGUGUGCCGGAGCUGCUCUGGAGUCUGGGGCUUGUCAUUGUUCCUGUACAGCACCAGUCUGCCAAGUGGAGAUGACAGACUGGGGCAGCUGAGGCUUGGCUCCGAGUGCGAGGCCGAGUGUGCGCUCUCGCUUCCGCUCAUUGCCUUCUCCAGGCACAUGUGGACGUGGCUGCCAUGUGCACCUGGGCCCCUCGCUCGCCUGAGCACUGAGGUGUCCCUGGACCUUCCAGGUGGUGCUGUGGCCAUCCCCUCCUGGGGGAAGUUCUGGCUGGCUGUCCUGAAUGUUUACAGCUGGGAAGGCCUCAAUACCCUGUUCCCAGAGAUGUGGCUGUUUCCUGACUGGGCACCGGCACACCCUUCCACACUGUGGUGCCACUGCCGGCAGGUCUACCUGCCCAUGAGCUACUGCUACGCUGUUCGGCUGAGUGCCACGGAGGACCCGCUCAUCCAGAGCCUCCGCCAGGAGCUCUAUGUGGAGGACUUCGCCAGCAUCAACUGGCAGGCGCAGAGGAACAACGUGGCCCCCGAUGAGCUGUACACACCGCACAGCUGGCUGCUCCAUGUGGUAUAUGCGUUCCUCAACCUGUAUGAGCGCUAUCACAGUGCCCACCUGCGGCAGCAGGCCGUGCAGAAGCUGUAUGAGCACAUCGCGGCUGACGACCGAUUCACCAAGAGCAUCAGCAUAGGCCCGAUCUCAAAAACCAUCAACAUGCUUGUACGCUGGUAUGUGGACGGGCCCACCUCCCCUGCCUUCCAGGAGCACAUUUCCAGAAUCCCGGACUAUCUCUGGAUGGGCCUUGACGGCAUGAAAAUGCAGGGCACCAAUGGCUCACAGAUCUGGGACACUGCCUUCGCCAUCCAAGCUCUGCUAGAGGCGGGUGGACACCACAGGCCCGAGUUUUCAUCCUGCCUGCAGAAGGCACAUGAGUUCCUGAGGCUCUCGCAGAUCCCAGAUAACCCUCCUGACUACCAGAAGUACUACCGCCAGAUGAGCAAGGGCGGCUUCUCCUUCAGCACGCUGGACUGUGGCUGGAUUGUUGCUGACUGCACGGCUGAGGCCUUGAAGGCUGUGCUGCUCCUGCAGGAGAAGUGUCCCUAUGUAACCGAGCACAUCCCCCGAGAGCGGCUCUGCGAUGCUGUGGCUGUGCUGCUGAACAUGAGGAAUCCCGAUGGAGGGUUCUCCACUUAUGAGACCAAGCGUGGGGGACACUUGCUGGAGCUGCUGAACCCCUCGGAGGUCUUUGGGGACAUCAUGAUUGACUACACAUAUGUGGAGUGCACCUCGGCUGUGAUGCAGGCACUUAAGCAUUUCCACAAGCAUUUCCCAGACCACAGGGCAGCCGAGAUCAGGGAGACCCUCAAGCAGGGCUUAGAGUUCUGUCGGCGGCAGCAGAGGGCAGACGGCUCCUGGGAAGGGUCCUGGGGGGUGUGCUUCACCUACGGCACCUGGUUUGGCCUGGAGGCCUUUGCCUGCAUGGGGCAGAGCUACCGAGAUGGGACUGCCUGUGCAGAGGUCUCCUGGGCCUGUGACUUCCUGCUGUCCCGGCAAAUGGCAGACGGAGGCUGGGGGGAGGACUUUGAGUCCUGCGAGCAGCGGUGUUACGUGCAGAGCGCCCAGUCCCAGAUCCACAACACCUGCUGGGCCCUGAUGGGGCUGAUGGCCGUUCGGCAUCCUGACGUCAAGGCCCAGGAGAGAGGAGUCCGGUGUCUGCUUGACAAACAGCUCCCUAACGGCGACUGGCCCCAGGAAAACAUCUCUGGGGUCUUCAACAAGUCCUGUGCCAUCUCCUACACGAGCUACAGGAAUGUCUUCCCCAUCUGGGCCCUCGGCCGCUUCUCCCAGCUUUACCCUGAGAGAGCUCUUGCCGGCCACCCCUGAGAACAUGCCCGCCUGCUGGGUGCCGUCUGUGUGGUCCAGUAAGGCCAAGGGGUCCUGGCUGGGUGGGGGAGCCCUCCCAUAACCCUGUCUCUGGCUCCAGCCCCUCAACCUCUGCCUCACAGACAUGAGUCUGGGGACCAGGCUGGAGGCAGGGAUGGGGACAGGGUGGGUGGCUUAGACUCUUGAUUUUUACCAUAGGCUCAUUUCUGAGAGUGGCUUGUCAGGCUUGGGUGAGGAGGGGGCACAGGAGCCACAGCCCUGGGGAGGCACAGUGCCUUUCACUGCCUCUGGGCACGGCCUCCCUAGGGAGUGAGGCUAGCAGGGUUUUUCUGACCAAUAGCAGAGUUGGGAGAGGAACAGCUGCACCUGUGCGAUUCCUACCUGGCACUGUCAUGUGGGCUCUGGGUUGGGGUUGGCCCUGGGCAGGCUGCUCCUGCACCUUCUGUCUGCCAGGCUGACAGACACAAGGGCGAUUCUGACAAUGGCAUGUACAGUGCACAUCCGUGAACAGCCCAGUGCAGGGGGUGCUCAUGGAGCAUCUCGAGGCUGUGCAGCAGGGAACCCCAUGCCCCUGGGUCAUGAGCUUGCCUGCAUUUGGGGGGGUGUCAGGGAGCAUCCCGAGGUUGUUUAACAGGGAGCCUCCAUACCCGUGGGUCGUGAACUCACCCGCAAGGAAUGCGGUUUGUGAGGUGCCUACAGGGUUUAUAGUGGCCCUAUGGACAGAAAUGCAUCUGGGAGGCACAGCGUAACCAGGGGUGAGGGGCAGACAGCAGUCAUGGUCACUAUCUCAGGGCACUGUUCUGUACAGGGACAGCCAGCGCCCAGCCUGUCACCACUCUAGGCUGGCUGAGCAGGAUGGCACCCUGGAGGCA